AUGGUCGUCUCAGAAGGUUGUACCGUGUUUGUCUCUGGUGCCAAUGGUUUCAUUGCGUCCCAUGUCGUCAAUGAGCUGCUCAGCUCAGGCUACAAGGUGAUCGGUUCUGUUAGAUCACAGGCUAAAGCGGACCAAUUGCUCGAGCAUUUCAGUCACCCUGAGCUCACCAUUUCUAUUGUCAGUGACAUAUCCGCUGCUGCUGCAUUUGAUGAAAUCUUCAGCAAGUAUGGUCAAGAUAUCAAGGUUGUCUUACACACGGCAUCCCCAUUCCACUACGACACUGAGGACUGUGAAAAAGACCUUCUGCAGCCAGCAGUCGAGGGCACCAAGUCUAUUCUACAGGCCAUUAAGAAGUAUGCCGCUCAUUCUGUGGAACGUGUUGUGAUAACCUCGUCAGAUGCUGCAGUCACCAGUUAUGAAAGCGACAUAGACCCAAAGAAUUUGCAUACUGAAGAUUCAUGGAACUCAAUUACCUGGGAGGAAGCUUGCAAAGAUGCUGAAGCGGCAUAUUACGGCUCCAAGACGUUCGCAGAGCGGGCAGCUUGGGAAUUUAUGCAUGAGAACGAGGGUAAGAUCAACUUUAAACUUUCGACAGUGAAUCCUGUGUGGGUCUUUGGACCUCAACUGUCCGAUUCGAAUGCUACUGGACGCUUAAACACUUCCUGCCAGUAUAUCAAUGACCUCGUGCACUCCACGCCCAAGACGAAGCUGGAUAUGAGCAUUGCGGGAGGGUAUGUGGACGUUAGAGACGUAGCCAGAGCCCACUUGGCAGCUUUUCAAAAGGCUGCAGCUAUUGGCCAAAGAUUGGUUUUGUGCGCCGGCAGAUUUACGCUAGUGAACAUUGUAGAUGUGCUGGAUAAACGAUUCCCCAAGCUGAAAGGUAAGAUUGCAAGUGGUGAUGCCGAAGAGAGUAAGAAGCUUCUCAGUUCACUUGCGAGGUAUGAUUACUCGAAAACAAACCACAUUUUGGAGUUUGAGUUUCUGCCUUUCGAAAAGACAAUCUACGAUACGGCUGCUCAAGUACUGAAGGUAGAAGGCCGAUUAUAA